GCACGAUUGACCUUAGGGCGAAAAACAAAAAGCUAUCAAACGAAUCGAAAUCAAAUUCGAAUCCGAAAACUCAUCGGUGAGCUUUGGUUUUUCUCCGUCGUCGGAGCUGAAAUCGAUUUCAAUCUCGUGUUGGCUCAGUUUCAGAGGGAUAUGGAUUGGGACAACGUAGCAGCUGAGGAUGUGAUCGAGGCCCUGAGAGAAGUCGAAUGGUCGACGCCUCCUCGUUCCUUCGGAGAGUUCUUCUCUAGAUUCUCUACUAGUAAUUAUUAUCACUCUUCAAAUUUUGAGCCUUUUGAUUUUGAUCUUAUGAUCUUCGUUUAUGUUUGCAGCUACCGGACGAAUUACUUUAUCCUGGUGAUAUUCGUUCUGGGACUUGCUUUGAUUACAAGACCAUUGGCUAUUGUGGGUGCUGCUUUUACGGCCUUGAGCAUAGCUUUCCUUAACGACAGUUUUGCGGCUACUUUUAACGAGAAGUUUAUAAGGACUAUUAGGCUUUUCUCUCCACACUUGGCCGCAAAAAUGAGGCCUCCCCACAUGCCUGUCAUCCGUGGGAGAUCAGCAGCAAGAAAGACAGUAUACGUUUGUGGGAAACCACGAUGGGUCUUUGUUGUCAUAUUCCUAACAGCCAGUCUUGUCAUGUGGUUCUCUUCCUGCGGCUUGUUGUGGGUCCUCUAUGCACUUCUCACUUCCCUCACAUUGGUUAUUGUUCAUGCAAGCGUGAGAACACCAAAUCUCAAGGCACGCUUAAACACAUUCCGUGAAGAGUUUCGAGCUGUCUGGCGAAACUACAGUGAACUUUAAGUCACAGGUUACUACAGAAUCUAGAAGCAAACCGAGCAGCCAUCAAGUUGUCAAGUAACCAGCAGCCAUCAUGUUGUCAAGUAACCAUGGUCAGAUGAUGCAGACAUACUUGACCAAGUUACUUUAUUUGCUGUAGUUAUGCUCAUACAUUUCAAGACUGUGUUAGUGAUUUUACUUUACAAUACUCACUUUUUUUAUUAUACAAGUAGCAUAAUCUUUACCUGAA